UAUUUAAGUCAAUCCAAGCUUCUUUAGGGUUUUUGCUUUAAUAAACCUUUUAGCAGCAGCGCCGCUCUUCUUCUCCAAGCACAUUCGUUGGUGUCUUUCUUCCAGGAGCUUCACUUCUAAAGUCUAUUUGUGUUUAGCCAUUGUCAAGAUGCAGAACGAUGAGGGACAGAACAUGGACCUUUACAUCCCCAGGAAGUGCUCUGCCACUAACAGGCUGAUCACUUCCAAGGAUCAUGCAUCUGUCCAGCUCAAUGUUGGGCAUUUGGAUGAGUCUGGCCGAUACACUGGCCAGUUCACAACUUAUGCUCUCUGUGGAUUUAUUCGUGCUCAGGGAGACGCCGAUAGUGCUCUUGAUAGGCUCUGGCAGAAGAAAAAGGCUGAAGUUGGACAACAAUGAGGGUUUUCUAUUCAGUAUUGUAUUGCCGGCAGUUUUUUUGUUGGUAUUAGUGGCUGUUCUGUUUUAUGUUUAAAGCUCAUUAUCAGACAAAUGGAACAUGCUUGUUACUAUUUAGUGCAGUAACUUGAUUAUCUACAGUUGAGAAAACUUUUGGAGAUGGCGGAGCAAUAUGAUCUGUUGUUUUAAUCAA